UUCCUGGCCAGUCGGCCCUCCUCGACCCCCGUCGGCCGCACCACCAGCCGCGCCAGACUCGGCCGGCACGUGGUGAUAGCAGCAGGCGCGCAGGCUAUCCCGCCGCUGCCGUCGUGGUCCUCGGCGAGCACUCUGUGAUAGAUCGGGCAUUACCAGGAUGGAGAGCGGCCAGUGGGGGAGGUGGCUCCCUCUGCUGGUGCUACUGGCGGCGUCCGUGAUACCAGCCAGCUCAGCACCACUUGAGUGGGAUGAAGACGAACCAGGAUGCUUUCACAUGAUGCAGCACUACAACAACGGCGACCAGAUUGUGACGGACGAGCCGUGUCUGAACUGCACCUGCCGCAACAACAUGCUCAUGUGCUUCCUGAAGGUGUGCCCCUACGUGAUGCCUCUGACGAAGGGGUGCUCCAUGGAGAAGAAGCCGGGCGACUGUUGCGCCACCGUGACGUGCGAGCAAGUUCCCGUGCCCAUCAUGCAGAUGCUGGGCAUGAUGAACCAGACGGCGACGACGGAGGUGCCGCCGACCGCGCUCAGUCCGCUGGCCGUCGGCGACGCCGGCUGCCAGGUGGAUGGACAGUACUAUGCUGAUGGCGCCCAGGUGCCAUCUGACCCGAAUGAGCCCUGCGACGUCUGCUACUGCAUCCGGAACCACACAGCUUGCGUGCAACAGGAGUGCACGAUGAGAGUGCCCGGGUGCCAGCCUAUCUACGCGGAAGGCAUCUGCUGCCCUGUGCGAUACGUAUGCGAUUACGAGACGACCACGCUAGCUCCCAUCACCACCCUCCGGCCGGACGCCGGCAACACCGGCUGCGUGCAAAACGGCGUGUUCUACAACGACGGCGACCAGAUUCCCUCGGAGGACCCGUGCCAGCACUGCUACUGCAUGCACUCGGAGGUCAAGUGCGCCAUACAGGACUGUGCCUCACCCCUGGACCACGCCCACGCCCAGUGCAAGCCGGUGCCUCCGUCGCCGGGCCAGUGCUGCCCUGACCAAUACAACUGUGGUGGUAUUACUCACGGCGGCGGCAGCGUCCCUCCCGGUGGCGCGGCCACUGACGGCGAGGAGGCGGCACAGACCGAGGAGAGCAGUCCGCUCGAGCAGGCCACCACCGGACAUGGUCCAGCGUCCGAGCAAGGUUCAGAGGGCGAUACUGUCGCGCCGGCAGGUGGCUCUGCCAUCGAGCAGCCCUCGCAGACGGGGGAAAGUGGGUUGAUCACGGGAGUGGACACUGUCGAAGGGGAUCAAGAACCCGGAGAAGGAGCAGCUGGUGACGAAACCGAGCUCAUUGAUUCGCAGGGCGUUGUCCAGGUUCCUGAUGAGGAGAUCGAGACCAGUGGAGACGGCUUACAAACCGAUGGCUCGGGAAGUCGUUCCGGAGACCGACGGCUCGGGAGCGCUUGA